AUGGCUUCGAGCUUCUUCCGCAAAGCUCUCAAAAGCGUGUCGUUCUAUGCAUUCGGGCUUUUCAACUGGUUCUUGUUCCUGGGCUUGUUCGUGAGAAGUGGCACCUUCUUCAAGAAAGAUUCCGAGCAAGACAAACUCCAAUAUGCCAUCGCUCGAGAUCGGUUCUGGAAUCUUUCCAAAGCACCAUUUCCAGGCUUCAGGCACUUUUUCUACACCCUGCGCAACGGCCUCCAGCUACACUAUGUCAGCAACCGACAUGGCCCUUCCUCUGACAACUUGAUCGUCUUUCUGCAUGGCUUCCCUGACAGCUCAAUGAUGUGGAGACACUUGAUGCAAGAGCCCGCUAUACCGUCCAAUGAAGCCACCAUAGUUUGCGUCGAUUUGCCAGGAUAUGGAGGGAGUGACAGUUUCAAGAAAUACGACACCGAGGUUUUGGAAGCUCUUGCGGAGUUUGUGAUUGCCAUGCGCGAGAAGUACAUUUCCGCCGAUGCUCCUGACUCCGCGCGCACAUUCAUUGUUGGCCAUGAUUGGGGUUGUGCACUCGGAUUUCGCCUUGCGUCGGAAGCUCCAUGCAUAGCAGAUCGAUUUACUAUGACUAACGCUCCACACGUCGAACAUGCCUUGGCCAACAAAGACCGGCUGCUGAACUCUGCCUCCAAGAUCUUCAAGCAAUUCAAGCAUUCCCCCAGACGCAACUUCGGAUGUCUCUCCAAGUCCUUGAACACCCUCAGACCCCUGUUGCGGCAGACAUUGUUGAUGGGUUACAUUUUCGUCUUCAACCUACCACCAAUCUUUGUCAAAUACAUGGGAGUUGCCGGAAACUACUCGUUUGUGCGAGGAGCUCAUCGCCUGGCUUACGGCAGAGGCUCGACCGAAUAUCGCGUUCAGGAAUCCAUGGCGGCAUCUUUCGGGCCAGGCCCUGAAGAGUGUAAGACGUCGACGCUACUUGGGACAGAUGGCAAAGAUGCGGAUACAUACGGGCCCUCUGUCCUUGAACGAGCCAAGUCUCCCAAACAGGCCUUCUGGAAUAUGACCGGCUACUACCGCGAUGGCGCUGCCUGGAGACCUUGGACAAAAUCCCUUGAACUUCUUGCAGACUUGUACUCGUUGGAAGAAGCGGCGUCGCAACCAAACUCUCUCGGCCGCCGACGGUCAUCAGUCUCGAAUCCCUUGUUUGCGGACCUAGUCAAGGGAAGCGUGAAGGCACCGACCUAUGUCAUUUGGGGCGAGCAAGAACAGGCGUGUUCGAGAGCAAUGUGCUUGGAUGGAUUAGGGGACUACCUUGGCAAGGAUAGUGAGAUCACGAUAUUGCCCCGAAGUGGUCAUUGGACGCCUGUUGCGCCAGAGUCUCGCCUCGCGCUGGCCACGGCGAUUGGCUCCUACGCUGCAAAAGACGCAACCCCCAUGCCAACAAUGACCUCUGAAGUACAAAAGGUGUAUCCGGAUGCGGCUCUCGUGGUGAAGAAGUGA